AUGGCGGCCUCCAGUGGUGUUGCCGCGGAUGGGGGCUCCAUCCCAAAAUGGCAAAUUGCGUUAGCGGUGGGGACGCCAGUUGCAUUGGGUUUCGGAUACUAUGUGUACAGAAGAUCUAAAGCGGAGAAGGAAGAUGCACAGAAGCCCUCGGAGACCAAGCAAGGGCCAAAAACCGCAAGCGACGACAGCGCCGCAAACGCCGCUAAGCCCACGCCGCCAGCACCGGAGACACCACUCCAGAAAGCACAGGCAGCAAAGAAUAAGGGCAACAAAUACUUCAAAGCCCAGCAGUACAAUGAUGCCAUACUUUGCUAUAACAUGGCCAUUGAGCUCUGCCCACCCGAAGAGACCCAAGACCUGGCCACCUUCUACCAGAAUCGUGCUGCCACUCAUGAGCACCUGAAGGACGCGGCUUCGGCGCGGCGCGACUGCGACCAAGCGCUGACGCUGAACCCGCGCUACGCCAAGGCGCUGCACCGCCGCGCCAAGGCCUGCGAGACGCUCGGCCAGCUGCGGCAGGCGCUGCGUGACGUCACCGCCGUCUGCAUCCUGGAGGGUUUCCAGAACCAGCAGUCGCUCAUGAUGGCCGACCGUGUGCUUAAGGAGCUCGGCAAGCAGCACGCGCAGCAGGCGCUGAAAAGCCGCGAGCCGGUCAUGCCGUCCAAGCACUUCGUGCAGACCUUCCUCUCGUCGUUCGCCGAGGAUCCGCUGGCCGACUGCUGGCGCAAGGACGCCGACGCGGCGCCGGCCGACGGCGAGCUCAGGGGCUGGGCCCGGGCGUGCCACGCCAUGCGCACCUCCAGCUACGAGGACGUGGUGCCGGCCUGCUCGGAGGAGGUGCAGGCGGCCGGGCCGCACCGGCUGCAGGCCACGCUCCUGCGCGGUACCAUGCAUCAGCUGACUGGCCAGAACGCCGCCGCCAAGGACGACUACUCGACCGUCAUCGAGGACAAUGCCUCCUCGGUCAAGCUGCGCGUGAACGCGCUGAUCAAGCGCGGCUCGAUCCAUCUGCAGCUGGACUCGCCCGAGACCAGCGUGGCCGACUUCAAGCGUGCCAUUGAGGCGGACGAGACCAACUCGGACAUCUACCACCACCGCGGCCAGAUCAACCUGCUGAUGGAGAUGGUGGACCAGGCCAUGGCCGACUUCGAGAAGGCCGUCACACUGAAGCCGGACUUCGCCAUCGCGCGCGUGCAGAAGGCCUACACCGACUACCGACACGCCGUCUCCACACAGAACAGACAGAAGGUGAUGGCGGUGAACGAGGAGUUUGAGAAGCUGAUCGCCAGCUUCCCGGACUGCUCCGAGUGUUAUGUUCUCUACGCGCAGGUGAUGGCCGACCAGGAGCGGUUCCAGGAGUCGGAUCAGCUGUUCAAGCGCGCCACAGAUGUCGACCCGGACCGCGCCACCGUCUACGUCCACAGAGGACUGCUGCAGCUCCAGUGGAAGGGGGACGUCAACGAGGCCACCAAGCUGAUCUCGCGCUCGCUGGAGCUGGACGACAAGAACGAGUUCGCCUACGAGACGCUCGGCACUAUCGAAGUGCAGCGGGGUAACCUGAGGCGCGCCAUGGAACUGUUUGACAAGGCGAUCCCGUUCGCGAAGACGGAGGCGGAGCUGUCGCACCUGUUCUCUCUGCGGGACGCGGCCGAGGCGCAGUCGGACGUGGCGCGCGAGUUGGGCAUCAGCGUGCCGACGCCGCCUGGCAUGUAGGCUGGCCAGCCGCCGCCGGCCGCGCCGCCCCUCGGAGCCACGAGGGGGCUUCCACCGCCGCCGCCGCCGCCGCCGCCGUGGAGGAGGAGGAGGAGGCGCCGGCAGCGUGCCGGUCGGAGGACGCGGCGCUCUCGGUCGCCGCGAGACGGUGGGGUGGACGAGGGCGGGCUGGUCGCCCCGGGAGGCGCGAGCGGCCAUGCCGCUGGCGUUCGGACCGUGGUGACGCCCGAAACAGGCGCUGCUGGGACGUGCGUCGGACCUUGUGAUACGUCUUGCUCCCGUGAGUGGCGCGCCAGGCGUGGCAUCGACUCGCGCUGUGCGGCAGAGGCUCGUGUUGGCCGGCCCACUCCUCUGGAAGGGUGCGCCGGCGACGCGGGGAUGCCCCGCUCUGUCCCGUUGAGGCCCGUCUGGCGCCGGGUAUGAAUGGGAGCCGCGCUGGCCGCUCAGCGGCGGGCUGCUGGUGGCGAAAGAUUGGAGUGGUUGGUAGGGUCCGGUUACGUGUGCUGGAAUUGAAUUACGAUAAUUUUAUAUGCAAUCUUGGUGUCAUUAGCGGGUGUGUCAGGCGUGCAGCUGCGCUGCGUGCACGGAGCGUUGCCAAUACAACUCUGACAUAUUCCA